UUUUAUUUUGAAGUAAGACUCCUGCAUGUCCGCAGUGUUAUUGCUGUUGCCUUCGUGUAAUCAGGCAUAGAAGCGAAGCAUAGAAUGAUGGCUUUGAAAAGGAUCCAGAAGGAGCUACAGGACUUGCAACGGGAUCCACCCUGGCAAUGCUCAGCUGGACCACUUGGAGAGGACUUAUUUCACUGGCAGGCAACAAUAAUGGGUCCAGGUGAUAGUCCAUACCAGGGAGGUGUUUUUUUCCUCACAAUCCAUUUCCCAACAGAUUAUCCCUUUAAGCCACCAAAGGUUGCCUUCACAACAAAAAUCUAUCACCCAAAUAUUAACAGUAAUGGAAGCAUCUGUUUGGAUAUUCUGCGCUCCCAGUGGUCACCAGCCCUGACUGUAUCCAAAGUUUUAUUAUCCAUAUGCUCACUUCUUUGUGACCCAAAUCCGGAUGACCCCUUAGUUCCAGAUAUCGCACACAUCUACAAAUCAGACAAAGAUAAGUAUAAUAGGCUCGCAAGGGAAUGGACUCACAAGUAUGCAAUGUAACUGGAUGGCAAGAUUUUAAAAUUGUUGCACAUGGAGACUAUUACUGCACACAACUCUGCAAAACAUCUGAACAGAGACUGAAGAAGCUUACUAACAGAAGAAACUCCUACAUACACACACAUACAGUACACCAAUAUAGACAUACCUUAAAAUCAUUGUUCAGGAGGCCAAGUCACUUGUUCCUGUUAACAUUGGAAUCUUGGAAAAAAACUGCCUGUCAGUUAACAAAAAUGUCCUUUUAUUUUCCAACGAAUUACUGUAUUUACUUUUUUAGUAAAUUUUAUUGUAUAGAAAUAAUAAACAAUACUGAAUCGUUUUUAUUGUAUUUGCAUUAAAAAGAUGUUAAAAAAAUG